AUGGACAGAGUGGCGUUCUACGGUGUCUUAAUAGCGUCUUUAUAUUAUGCAGACGCCACUAUCAAUUGUGGAACAUGCCUUCAGCCACCAGAUUACGUCAGCAGUUUCAUCAAACUUAAAGCACAGUCAACCCAAUCAGAGGCCAUCAUUCUACACAACAUCGCAGAGGUGCCAAUCAAGGUCGAUGUUCAGGUUAAACCAAUAAGCGGCAACGACACAAAUUACUUCUUCCCUGGAUUAGGAUCCUCUCAGCAGGAUGACGACAAACAAGGAGUCUAUGGAGGCGUGGUCUACAAGUAUAACGAAACAGCUGUCAAACUGUAUGUGCCCAACCGGAACGACGGUUCUGGUGAUGGUUCCGUGAUAUUUACAGGUUACAAUAAUGCAUGGGUUGGACCAAAGGUACAGAAAGAGGACGCGGCUGAGGUACGAGUAAGGGUGUGGACUGCAUGUAAAUUUCCAACUCCGGAUUAUGAGUCUAACUGGAUUCCUAUGAAAAUAAAGAACGGUACGGACUCGUUUCGGGAGGUAGUUCACGGACUAGGCUACGUCCCUAAUUAUGUAACAGUACAAGUAUGGAACAAUGGAACUGACUGGUAUGCAGACGGAAUAGCAUCAGGAAUGACGCCGAACAACGUCAACAAACUUACAUCCUGGGGAGGAGUUGUCUAUGCCUUUGAUGACAAUCAUGUCCGGAUCUGGGUACCAGGUUUCGACACAGGAAGUAUGUUUAGUGUGGCCGAUGGUUGGGGUCAAGGGUCACAAGAGACAUGGUCAGAGGGAUUGGUCAAGGUCAAGGCUCUGAGCGGUGAUAACAAUGGCUUUUCCUUUCCUGCCUUCGGUGCCGUUCAGAACACAGAUCCUCACGACAAGUUUGGAGGUGUAGUGUAUUCCUACUCAUCACACGGUAUCCGGGUCUGGCAUCCCAUUGUCCCUGGUGCCGGAAAUACCGCCCUGUCCUCCACCUACCACUCCCGCCCAAGCCAGUACAUCGCCAUUUACCGGUACCACAUCCAAUACGUCAAGUUUCUUGUCAACAACUUCCUUACCAUUGACAUCGGUACCCGUCUUAACUUCUACAACCGCAAAAUCAGCCACAGCUUUGUUAACGUCAGCAAAGUUUUCAAGUAA